AUGAGGGCAGCCUGUGGAAAGAGACGGCCGGCCGCAACAUCGCCGGUUCUCUUCCCUCACAGGAGGUCCUCCGGCAAGAAGCCAUUCAUGGUGAGGAGGGUCUUUCUGUGGCUCUUACCUCAGGUCUCCCUCAGAAAUAUUAGGCAAGGGAGUCCAGGGGGAUCUUCACUUUCAUAAAGCAUGGGGAGGGAGAACAUGCCUGGGAGAUUGGCUGGGAACUGGGUCCUUCUCCCUCCCAAGGGUAGCCUGGAACUUUUGAGUUCUCAAAAAUGGCCAGGAGAUCAUUUUUCUCCAGACAAGUCCCAGAAUGGCAGUGGUGGACUUUGGGCUCUCCAAUUCCAGUGCCACCCUGUGCAACUCCCCCCCUACCCCAAGGCCCACUGCCACAUCUUGCGCUCAGUUCCAAAGCACUGUUUUGGCACUCCCUGCAGUGCGGCACCCAGUGCAGCCACACUAGUCACGCCUCCCUAAAACCGCCAGAGCCAUGGGGUGCUUCCUGGUGUCCAGGCUGGCAAAUGGCCAUAGCUCAGCGGUGGAGCCCUUGCCUUGCCUGCAUGAGCCCCAAGUGCAGUGGCAUCUCCAGGAAGGCCUGGGAAGGAGGGACCCCUGCCUGAAGCGCUGGACAGCCACCUGCCGGUCAGCAUGGAGGUCACUUUGGGCCAGGAGGACUUUGGGCCAGGAGGCUCCCUGCGUAUUGUGGCUGUGCUGUUCUACCAGCAGCUAUAUAAAGAAAAACUCCUUUCUCAGGAGGAUCUGACCCUCGUCUUCCCCGACCUAAGAGAACUGCUGAAGAUCCAUGGUAAGUCUGCUUCCCCUCCAGACCGGUCCCCAUUCUGUGGCUGGCCCAGGCCUCCGCUUCUUCCUGGGUGGGUCAGGGGCAGAGGGAGAAGGGACAAAAAGAAAAGCACAGCACCCAAAGAGCUCUGUAGCAGGAUCAGGCCCAAGGGGCCCAGCCAGACCUGCAGCCAGUUUUCAGGGGGCCCCACAAGCCGCAGGGCAGGAGCACAAGUGCAAUGCCCCCCUCCCAGGAACGGGGAUUCUUUAGAGGCAUCCACUGCCUUGGGUAGGGGAGGAUGGAGGGGGCAGCCAGUUGCUGCCUCUAAGCCUAACCUACCUCGCAGGGUUGUUGUGAUGAUUACCGUAUUUUUCGCCCCAUAGGGCGCACCGCCCCAUAGGGCGCACCUAGGUUUUUUUGGGGGGGAAUAAAGAAAAAAAAUUAUUCCCCCCCCCCAGGCGAGCUUCCCCCUGGAGAAAUCUGCUGAAGUCUGAUGGAGGACUGGCUUCCACCAAAGAUGCCAGUGUGACCCAGAGCGGUACGUCUGUGAUUUCCAGUGGGGUUUGGGGGCAAUGUUGCUGCCUCCUUGCCUGGGGAAGGGGGCCCAGUUGACGGGAGGGGUUGGUGGGUGGUGGAUGUCCUCCCUGAGGUUUCCCUGCCUGGGUAUUUGGGGCUGGAGAACAGGGCAUCAGUUGGGAUGGUUUGGCCCACAGAGGACAGUUGGCUUGUGCCAUCUCAGCCACCCAGGGAGCUCAUGGGCACUAAAGGAGGCAAGACUAGGAAGCGUCCUGGGCAGCAGCUGCCUGUUUGCAAAGAGCCUGGUGGCAUCUCAAAGGCUGACCCUUUUAACAUGGAGGUUCCCUGUCUCUCAGCAGAGGUGCAGCAGCCAGACAAGCAAACCAUCAAGGACCUCAUGUACCGGAUCUCAAAGAACCUCGAGAGGCUGAAGGUGAGGAGCCUGGGUGCGAGAGGGUGUCCUAGCAGGCCAGAGAAAUAAGGGUGGGGGCAGCCCCUUGGUAUGCCAGACCUAUUUCCUCCUCUGAACACUUUCCAACAUCUGCACAUGGCUAUGAGAGGCAGGGCAAUGAGUUGAAUCUUGUGUCUAACUGGAAAAAGAAAGAUUGUUGCUGUUGCUUUUAUUCCUUUAAAAAAAAAAAAAUCCAUCUAGUGGAAUUUAGUGAAAUUGCAACGCAGAGAGAUUAAAAGAGAAGGACUAUUGGACUAUUCUCGUGGGAAAGAAUUUUCUUUGACCUUGAAGGACAAUGCUAGUACAAAGGCUUGAACAAUUGUUCCUGGAAGGUUUUUCAAAACUAAGUGCCCAGCUGGACCAGAUGCGUCAGGAGACGACCUUGAUGAUGGAAGUUACCAGAGCACAGCAGCAAACAAAUGAAAUUCAGUUAAAGGCUAUACAAGCAUAUGAACCUGCUGUAGUGACGGAGGCUUCAGAGAUGGAGGGACCUUUGGACGGGCAAGAUCAGCCUUUGAACUUGAUAAAUGAACUUGGGACAAACCAGAUUCGGAAAGAUGAAAUGUGGUCAGAUUUGGAAAUGGGGAUGGAUCGACCCCCUCCAUAUGGUUAUUUGGACCUUCCGAGUCUGGUGAUGGGCUAUCAAAUCCAGAGCCUGAGAGGAUGCAUUGGGGGAGCUUUUUAUGUGUGUGUGUUGGAGGGGGAGGAUCAAAGCCAAAAGGAUGAGUGACAGUAGGCAUGGAGGGGCAGGGUCUCCAGCCUUGCCAAUCCCUUAGCCCCUCUUUGUUCACACAGACUGAGAAAACUAAAGAGGUUUUCACUUUGAGCUCCAUUGCCACACCCCUCAAACACCCUUGUCAUGCACCCCACUAUUUCUCAGUGCUCACCUGCAUUGCAGGACCACCCCCUGUGCUCACCUGGAGUCACGGGCAAGGGAGAGAGGGCUAGUCCAAACCUGAGGGGGCCACGUAUGCCUCUGGAGCAAGAAGCAGCUGAAAGACCCAGUGGUGGAGGAGAGAACCAGAGGAGGGGUCUUUGAGAGACCCCACAAUCCCCCUAUAUUGACACCACACUCCACUUGAGGGUCUUUGCCUGGUUUGACCCCAUAGCUGGGAUAAGAGGCUAUCUGGGGAGGAGGGGUUGGGUGACUUUUGGCCUGACAGGACUGUAGCCAACAGGGCAAAGGUGGGAGCCGCAUCCAUGUGAAAUAUACUCAGAGUCGCAAAGUGAUUUCAUGCUCUUUAUUCAGCUCAUAGUGGUGAGGAGGAAUGAAUGAAUGUCCCCUCACAGUAUCUGCUUUAUAUACAUUAUUUACACAAUGGGCUGCACAUGAUUGGCUAAUUCUGGAAUUCUACUGUAAGCCAAUCAGGUUGUGGAUUCACUUCUAUCUGGAGCAGGAUUGGGUGGUUCCUGCCAACCAAUCAUACUGCUGCAUUGUUCUAGGACCAAUCAGACUGCUGCAUUCUGAAUCCUAUUGUUCUAGGACCAAUCAGAUUGCUGCAGUUUGGAUCCUAUUCAACUCAGUACAUAACACCAUGGCUGCCUCAUCUUUGGGCCCUGGCCCCUUCCACAGUCAGCAAGUGCUCCCUAGGAAGUUUCCCAUGGGGCCAUGGGGCCCUCAUGCUGGAAGAGAGCCCGUUCUGGGAAGCUCCACAGCAGUAGCAUAGGAAGAGGGCGGGGAGGCACCCUGGGCAGCACUGGGGCUGCAGGGCACCCUCCAGGAGUCGGACCCAGAACUGCCUGAAAACGCAGGACAGGGUGCACCGCGAGAUGCAGGUGGUGCACAGCCUGGGCAGGCAGCAUCCACCCACCGCUUCCCUCCCAGCCUCAGUUGCCACCCAGCGGGCCCAGCGGUGCCUGAAGAAGCAGUUCUGGAUGCAACUGGCAUGCGCCACCCAGCAGGGUGCCCCAGCCACUGCAUCCCUCCCAGCCGCGAGUGGGCCCAGCGCUGCUGGGAAAAGUAUCACAGGGCACACCACCAGGAGGGCACCCGGAAGGGACAUCCAGCAGGGAUGUGACUGGCAUGCAUGGGCCUGCAUGUUUCCCUCCCCAGUCCUGAGCGCCUUCCCAGUGGCACACCCCACAAUGCUUUUUCCAGCAGCUCUGGGCUGGCAUACACCAGUUGCGUCCCUCCCAGGAGGGAGGCAUUCACUUGUGCGGUGUGCCCCACCCACUUGGGAUGCUCCACCCCCAUGGGGUGUGUGCACGCAUGUGCACUCCCCACCCGCCCUUGGCACCAGCAGGGGUUGCUAUGCCAGUGCUCCUCCGCUGGGUGAUGUGAACGGACACCCCCCCUUGCGGCGGCUGCCCUCCUUCUCAGAGGCCCCUAACCCCUCCCCUCUGAGCUCCCCUUUUUACAGGAGAUAUUGAGAUCAGCAACUGAUGAAUAUUCUUCCAAGUCUGACGUGGCUCUUCGGCAAAGCUCAAGCGCUCUGGUCUGA